AUGGCGUCGAUAAUGCGCGUCGCGUUCACGCUCGCCAUCGCCCUCUUACGCAUCACCACCGCGAUCGCGCGCGUGAUCGCGCGCGGCUGCUCCGCGCUCGUCGGCGAGCGGUGGUUCGAAGACGACGUCGUUGGGGACGAGCACGCGAAAGACGACGAAGACGACGAAGACGAAGACGAAGACGAAGACGGGCGAGACGCGCGGCAGAUCCCAGAGCGCAUCGCGGCGUCGACGUCGGACCGCGGGCGGCAGUUCGAGAAGCUCCGCGCGUACGAGGCGUGGCGAGAGGAGUUUGGGAUCGAUCGCAUCUUGGAGACGCCGAAACCGUACUUUGACGCGGUGAAACGUUUGUAUCCGCACGCGUUGCACGGCGUCGGACGCGCGCGGGGGGGAGGGGCACACGUGCAGAUUGAAAAGGCUGGGCAAUUCGGGACGCUUUUGGAGACUCUUCGGGAGGAUUUCGGCGUGGAUGAUCCGGCGCGCGUCGUCGUCGAACACGUGUCGUACGUCAUGACCUUUGUGUUUGAAGAGUUGGAUACGCGUCCUUGGCCGUUCGGGAAGACGAUACGAAUCGUCGACGUGAGUCAGCUCGGGAUGAAUGAUUUAUCAUUCGACGUCUUUGAGUUUUUACGGUACAUGUCCGACACGUCCAAGCGCGCGUUCGUCGAGCGCGUUCACAAGAUUUACGUCUUGCACCCGCCGGCGGUUUUCAGGGUCCUCUUUAACGCGUUCAAGCCGCUCUUUUCCGAGAAAACGUUGAAACAAAUCGUCGUGUGCGGUACGCUGGGUGAGUUCACGGAGUCCGUCAAGAGUGAGGUGGACUUGAGAGACAUCCCGCGAGAAUACGGCGGCGAGUGCGCCUGUGAGAAUUGUUGGACCGACGACGAACGCGAGCGUCGACUUCGCGCGCACGCGCUUUCGCUCACCGCUCGAUCCGGGCGUUCGACGUAG